UUCCUUUGCUUUGGUGCACGUCUGCUGCUUGAGAUUGAGAAUUGAGAAACAUUGUAUCACGGAUGAGCAGUGCCUCGUGCAACUAUAACGUCUGUAAUAGUUGAUAUGUGUAUGUGGACGAUACACCAUAAGUUAGUGAUUUGCUUAAAAUCUUUUCGGCUUUUAGUUAUUUCUAUUGACAAUCCUGUGGUUUGCUGCACGGGUGAGCCUCGAAUUUCAACGUCAAUCUAGUCGUCGCCGUAAGUAACUUACAUGAUGAAGUUAGCAAGCUAAUUACGUUACCGCGUUUAAGGAUAGACUACGUUAAAUGACUGAACUGUUUUGGUGUGUUACAGCUCAUUUGACAUUUAAUGGCAAAUACGUCAGUCUUUUAGCGCGAGAGGAAGGUUACCGUGAAUUAUUUGCCCCCUCCGUGAUGUCAACACAUCUGGGGGCUACCAACUAGAGCUCAUACCUAGAACUUGUGCAUGGCGUAAUCUCAGUUGUUACCUGACAAUAUGCAUGGCUAUUUAGCUGUUCUGUUUUUAGCAUAAUAGAGCAUACCUGAGCAGUGUUUUGACUGUAGUAACGCUGUUACUACCCUUCGUUCCAGAUGUUUGUAUUCGUCAUCGGAUUACUAUCUGUAUCCGUCAGAGUCAGGCAAUUCGGACAAUAUAUUUAAUCGACUUUCAAGUGAGGCCGAUUGGUUUUAAGUUUAAAUUAGUUCUAAGUCGGUGGGGAGCACUGGGGACAGUUCUCAGUGAUGAGGCAGCCAGAUUGUGGACUGAGGACAUGGGAUAUCUGUUGAUAGUGAGCUGUGUGCCAACGGCAUUUUAAGUACCAUUCAUUUAGGUAGGCUACUCGCUUUAAAGUUGUACUCCGGAUAUAAUGUUUUUAACUGACACCCUGUGCACGUGAUUUGAAAUGGGAAGCUCGAAAACUGGCAGCGUUUUUGAACUGUAACUUAGUAACGUUAGAUGGCAGCAUCAAGAGGCUUAUGGAUGUGAUGCUGAAGAACAAUGAGACACAACUUGCAUGGAGCCAAUUUCUAUCUAGCCACUGAGUCGCCACCAGUCUCCGAAAAUGAUUCGAGAGGAAGCUAUGAACGGGUUUAGCUAACAUCUUUGACUGCCUAUGUCGUUUCAAGAAGUUCAGUUACACCAUAACCGAUUUAUUACCAAGUAACCACAGCGCAUAGAUCCAGACAUAGUCGGCUCAGUGCUUAUGGCGGAGUUUGCAGCGAACUGCGGGUUAUCCUCAUCUGCGUUUGGGGAGAAGGAUGCCGUACCCAGUGAUGAAACGGGCGGCAAAGGGCAGUGUGAAGUGUCGGUCUCAAACGGGGACUGUGGCUUAUCGUCAGACAUGGUCGUCUCUGCCAUACCUGACAGCGAGGAACUGGAAACGGCGAACACCUCUGUGUUGGAGGCUGGAAUACCUCGGAGGACUAGUAUUAUCAAGGAUGGCUCAAGACAGCGCAAGGAGAGGAAGAAGACGGUGUCCUUCAGCAGCAUGCCCACGGAGAAGAAGAUCAGCAGCGCCAGUGACUGCAUCAGUGCCAUGGUCGAAGGGUCAGAGCUGCGCAAGGUGCGCUCCAAUUCUCGCGUGUACCAUCGGUACUUCCUCCUGGAUGCCGACAUGCAGUCCCUUCGCUGGGAGCCCUCCAAGAAGGAAUCUGACAAGGCCAAGAUCGACGUUAAGUCUGUCAAAGAGGUGCGGACUGGCAAGAACACAGACACCUUCAGAACCAAUGGUGUCUCUGAUCAGAUUUCAGAGGACUGUGCGUUCUCCAUCAUCUACGGGGAGAAUUAUGAAUCCCUGGACUUGGUAGCAAAUUCUGCCGAUGUGGCCAAUAUUUGGGUGACUGGGCUAAGGUACCUGAUAUCUUAUGGGAAACACACUAUAAACAUGAUUGAAAGCAGCCAGAACAACAUGCGCACCUCCUGGCUAAGUGAACGGUUCCAGGAAGUUGUUGUUAGUGGCAGCAAGACCGUAAGUAUGUGUGCUGCUGUGCAGCUGAUAAAAGAAUUAAACCCUGGACUCAAAAAUGUGAAAAUUGAGCUCAAGUUCAAGGAGUUGCACAAAUUAAAAGACAAGAUUGGGUGUGACGUGAGUCUGGAAGAGUUCAAUGAGGUGUUUCAUGACCUUUGCACGAGACCAGAGAUUUACUUUUUGCUUGUACAGUUCUCUAGCAACAAGGAAUUUCUUGAUGCAAAAGAUUUAAUGAUGUUUUUGGAAGCAGAACAAGGCAUGGCCCAAGUCAGUGAAGAUACCAGCCUGGAGGUGAUUCAGAAGUACGAACCCUCCAAAGAGGGUCAACAGAAAGGCUGGCUCUCGCUCGACGGAUUCACCAAUUACCUCAUGUCACCCGACUGCCACCUUUUCGACGAAGAACAAAAGACUGUUUGCCAAGACAUGAACCAGCCACUGUCUCACUACUACAUCAACGCAUCUCACAACACCUACCUAAUUGAGGAUCAGUUCAGGGGGCCGUCUGACAUCACCGGUUACAUCCGUGCUCUGAAGAUGGGCUGCCGUAGUGUGGAGCUCGAUGUUUGGGAUGGGCCAGACAACGAGCCAGUCAUUUACACGGGCCACACGAUGACUUCACAGAUUGUCUUCCGCAGUGUCAUAGGCAUUAUUCACAAGUACGCAUUCGUUGCCUCCGAGUACCCUCUCAUACUGUGUUUGGAAAACCACUGUUCCCCGAAGCAGCAGAGGGUCAUGUUUCAACACCUGAAAAAAAUCCUGGGAGAUAAACUCUACACAGAUUCCCCAAAACCCGAGGACAGCUACUUACCCUCCCCAUCGGCCCUGAAGGGCAGGAUACUCCUGAAGGGCAAAAAGCUAUCCUCAUCAUGCACAAGUUCAGAGGGGGAAGUGACGGAUGAGGAUGAAGGAGCUGAAAUGUCUCAGAGAAUGAGCAUUGACAGUGUUGACCAACAAACAGUUGCUCAGCCCAAGAAAGUUCUGCUCUCCAAAGACCUGUCAGACUUGGUGACCCUGUGUAAAUCUGUCGAGUUCAAAGACUUCCCAACUGCAUUUCAGAACCAGAAACACUGGGAACUCUGUUCUUUCAAUGAAGUGUUUGCUGGUCGGUGUGCCACAGACUUCCCCGGGGACUUUGUUGACUACAACAAGAAGUUUCUGUCCCGUGUGUACCCCAGUCCGAUGCGUAUAGACUCCAGCAAUAUGAAUCCUCAGGAUUUCUGGAAGUGUGGCUGCCAGAUAGUGGCCAUGAACUACCAGACCCCCGGCCUAAUGAUGGACCUGAACAUUGGCUGGUUCAGGCAAAACGGCAACUGUGGCUAUGUUUUACGACCCGCCAUUAUGAGGGAACAGGUGUCCUACUUCAGUGCCAAUACAAAAGAUUCAGUACCUGGCGUGUCUCCUCAGCUCUUGCACAUAAAGAUCAUCAGUGGGCAGAACUUCCCCAAACCGAAAGGCUCGGGGGCCAAAGGGGACGUUGUGGACCCCUACAUUUACGUCGAGAUCCACGGCAUUCCAGCAGACUGUGCUGAGCAAAGGACUAAAACGGUCGGACAGAACGGGGAUAAUCCCCUUUUCGAUGAGAGCUUUGAGUUCCAGAUAAACCUCCCAGAGCUGGCCAUGGUGCGGUUCGUGGUUCUGGAUGAUGACUUCAUCGGAGAUGAGUUUAUCGGUCAGCACACCAUUCCGUUCGAAUGCCUGCAGCCAGGGUUCCGGCACAUUCCACUGCAGUCGCUUACAGGAGAAGUCCUCCCACACGCCUGGCUCUUCGUGCAUGUGGCCAUAACCAACCGUCGAGGUGGCGGCAAGCCCCACAAACGGGGCCUGUCCGUAAGAAAGGGCAAGAGGAGCCGAGAGUACGCCGCCAUGAGGAUACUCCUGAUAAAGGCUGUGGAUGAUGUCUUCAAGACUGCUACACUGCCACUAAGAGAAGCAACAGACCUCAGAGAGAAUAUGCAGAAUGCAAUAGUGUCCUUCAAAGAGCUGUGUGGACUGUCUGCGGUGGCCAAUCUCAAGCAGUGCAUACUGGCUCUUUCGUCUCGUCUGACGGGGCCCGACAACACCCCUGUCCUGCUGUUCAACCUGAAAGACCAGUACCCCUCCAUGGAGCCCCAGGGCGUGCUACCAGAAGUCCUCAAGAAGGUGAUCACGGCCUAUGACGCGAUGAUCCAGACAAGCAGAACACUGCUUGAAAAUUCUGAGGGAGUCUAUGAAAGGAUACUGCAGACUCAGAAAGCAGCGAUGGAGUUCCACGAGAACCUGCAUGAUCUUGCUGUGAAGGAGGGCCUGAAGGGCCGCAAGCUGCACAAGGCUGUGGAGAGCUUCACAUGGAACAUCACCAUCCUCAAGGGCCAGGCUGACCUGCUGAAGCAUGCUCGUAGCGAGGUGAUGGAGAACCUGAAGCAGGUCCAUUACGCCGUGCUCACCUGCCAGCUGGCCAAGGGCAGGGGCGUGGGGGGCUCGGGCUCAGGCUCGGGCACUGGCUCCAGCAGCGGGGGCCGCCGCAGCCUGCACUCCAUCCCCGAGAAGGCACGGGGGGAGGAGGACGCCACGGACGAGGACAACUGAGGAGAGAGAGAGAAAGGCGGCCGUGAUUGGAAGGGGACCAACAGAGAAUAGACUAGAGAGAGUGAAUAGAGGACGAGUAAACAGAAAAGAGAGAGAGAGAGAUAUUGCCUGUCUGUCCUGUUAUCCAUCAAUUUCUCAUCUCCCUCCACACAUCCCCACUCCAGCACCCUACCCCUCUCCUCUCCUCUCCUCUCCUGUCCUCUCCUCUCCUGUCUCUUUUCUCUUCUCUGCUCUCCUCUCCCCUCUCCUGUCUCUCCCCUCCUCUCCUCUCCUCUCCUCUCCUCUAUCUUCCCGUUCGCCCACUCUGGGCCUGAGGCCCCCAGAGGAGUCAGUUUCCAGGUUAGGUAGGAGGGCUGCUGGCCCGCGCUCAGCAGGAUCUGUCACCGUGACACGGUGCCUGUGGCCAGAGAAAACCCAUCCAUGUCGAGAGAGAGAGAAACAGAAACAGAGAGGCAGGGAUUUCGAGAGAGACAGACAGAGUCAGAGAGAAGCACAAAGCAAAGAGAGAGGGAUUAUAUGUUCGCAAACAGUGAAUGUACUGAGAGGCAGCGAGGAAAAAGAGAGAGCUGUUUACAGAUGAAAAGGAUGAUGAACUACUUUGUGUUCUUUCUGCCAAAAUUGUGUGUGUGUGUGUGUGUGUGUGUGUGUGCGUGUGCGUGUGUGUGUGUGUGUGUGUGUGUGUCUGUCUGUCUGUCUGUACAUAAAAUGUAUAUGUAAAUGGAGAUACCUGUUACAUUUUUUGGAAAAAAAGUGUGCAUCAUUUUAUUGGAUAAGAUUUUAUUUUGAUAAAAGAAAGAUUGCUGUCCUUCAAAAAAGAGGGGGAAAUGGAUAUUUUAUUUGUCUGUACAGAAGGGCUAAGGGGGAGGGAUGGGUGCGGUCGACAUUUUUUUGAUGAUGUUUUAUUC